GCUGCCACCACCGCCUGUGUCCCCGGGCUCCGGGCAGGGCGGGGGGUGCGGUCGUGCAAUAGGAAGCCAAGGGCAUUGCAAGCUUCCCGUGGGGCACCGGCUACCUGACUUGGAGCCCUGCGCUGUGCAUACCCGAGACACCUCCCGGACCCCCCACUUUUCGCACCCCACGAGACCCCCUUCUCGCCUCGGCCAUGCCUCUAAACCGCACUUUGUCCGUGUCCUCCCUGCCGGGACUGGAGGACUGGGAUGAUGAGUUCGAUCUGGAGAAUACGGUUCUCUUCGAGGUGGCCUGGGAGGUGGCCAACAAGGUGGGUGGUAUCUACACCGUGCUGCAGACCAAGGCGAAGGUGACAGGGGAUGAGUGGGGUGACAACUACUACCUGGUGGGGCCCUACACGGAGCAGGGCGUGCGGACCCAAGUGGAAGUGCUGGAGCCCCCCACACCUGCCCUGAAGAAGACCCUGGACUCCAUGAACAGCAAAGGCUGCAAGGUUUAUUUUGGACGCUGGCUGAUCGAAGGGGGCCCUCUGGUGGUGCUCCUGGAUGUGGGGGCAUCUGCCUGGGCCCUGGAGCGCUGGAAGGGGGAACUCUGGGACACCUGCAAUAUUGGGGUGCCCUGGUAUGACCGUGAGGCCAAUGAUGCCGUCCUGUUUGGCUUUCUCACCACCUGGUUCCUGGGUGAGUUCCUAGCGCAGAGCGAGGAGAAGCCUUAUGUGGUGGCCCACUUCCACGAGUGGCUGGCGGGCAUCGGGCUGUGCCUAUGCCGUGCCCGGCGCCUGCCCGUGGCCACCAUCUUCACCACCCACGCCACGCUGCUGGGGCGCUACCUGUGUGCGGGCGCCGUGGACUUCUACAACAACCUGGAGAAUUUCAAUGUGGACAGGGAGGCGGGCGAGAGGCAGAUCUACCACCGCUACUGCAUGGAGCGGGCGGCCGCACACUGUGCCCACGUCUUCACCACCGUGUCCCAGAUCACCGCCAUUGAGGCUCAGCACCUGCUGAAGAGAAAACCAGAUAUUGUUACUCCCAAUGGACUGAACGUGAAGAAGUUUUCUGCCAUGCACGAAUUCCAGAACCUCCAUGCACAGAGCAAGGCUCGAAUCCAGGAGUUUGUGCGGGGCCAUUUCUAUGGGCAUUUGGAUUUCAACCUGGACAAGACGUUGUACUUUUUUAUCGCUGGCCGUUAUGAGUUCUCCAACAAAGGGGCUGAUAUCUUUUUGGAGGCCUUGGCCCGGCUCAACUACCUGCUCAGAGUGAAUGGCAGUGAGCAGACAGUGGUUGCUUUCUUCAUCAUGCCAGCUCGGACCAACAAUUUCAACGUGGAAACACUCAAGGGCCAAGCCGUGCGCAAGCAGCUAUGGGAUACAGCCAACACGGUGAAGGAGAAGUUUGGGCGGAAGCUCUAUGAAUCCCUCCUGGUGGGUAACCUCCCAGACAUGAACAAGAUGCUGGACAAGGAAGACUUCACCAUAAUGAAGAGGGCCAUCUUUGCCACGCAGCGCCAGUCCUUUCCCCCCGUGUGCACCCACAAUAUGCUGGAUGACUCCUCCGACCCCAUCCUCACCACCAUCCGCCGGAUCGGCCUGUUCAACAGCAGCGCCGACAGGGUCAAGGUGAUCUUCCACCCCGAGUUCCUCUCCUCCACAAGCCCCCUACUUCCCGUGGACUACGAGGAGUUCGUCCGUGGCUGUCAUCUUGGGGUUUUCCCCUCCUACUACGAACCCUGGGGCUACACACCGGCCGAGUGCACCGUCAUGGGCAUCCCCAGCAUCUCCACCAACCUCUCCGGCUUCGGCUGCUUCAUGGAGGAGCACAUCGCCGACCCCUCCGCCUACGGCAUCUACAUCCUGGACCGGCGGUUCCGCAGCCUGGACGACUCCUGCUCGCAGCUCACCUCCUUCCUCUACAGCUUCUGCCAGCAGAGCCGGCGGCAGCGCAUCAUCCAGCGGAACCGCACCGAGCGCCUGUCCGACCUCCUGGACUGGAAGUACCUCGGCCGGUACUACACGUCGGCGCGCCGCAUGGCCCUGGCCAAGGCCUUCCCGGACCACUUCACCUACCUGCCCCGCGAGGCCGAGGCUGCCCAGGGCUACCGCUACCCGCGCCCCGCGUCCGUGCCGCCGUCACCGUCGCUGUCCCGCCACUCGAGCCCGCACCUGAGCGAGGACGAGGCGGACGACGAGCCCCGCGACGGGCCCGACGGCGACGAGCGCUACGACGAGGACGAGGAGGCCGCCAAGGACGCGCGCAACAUCCGCGCCCCGGAGUGGCCCCGCCGCGCCUCCUCGGGGGGCGGUGGCAAGCGGGGCUCCGUGGACACGGCGCCCUCCAGCUCGCUCAGCACCCCCAGCUCGCCCCUGAGCCCCGCCAGCUCCCUGGGCGAGGAGCGCAACUGAGUCCCGGACGGAGGGACCCACGCGGACCUCGCCCAAACCCCGACACUCUGUGGGGUCCAUUGCCCCAAACCCUCCACUCCAGCCGCUCCAGCUCGGCUCCUGGAACUCCCUGACACUCCAGACUCACAGUUGUGCCUUCCUGGGCUACAGAACCAAUGUCUUCUGUACCCUGGACAACCCCACUCCCAGGCCUGGCUGGGGUCACUGUACCCUGGACACCCCCAUUCCCAGGUCUGGCUGGGGUCCCACGGGCCAGGAAAGUGCCAUUACCAGUAUCCCAUCCCCGUGGUGCCUCACAGGCUUAAAUCCUCGAGGCUGGCCAAUGCCGCAGCCAAGAAAGUGCCAGGCUCAGAU